GUUUUACUCUGAGUUUUUUUUUAGUUUUUCCACUCUACAGUUCCAACAUAUUGGGUGAACACUGAUUUAUAUAUAUAUUUAUAUAUAUUGUGUGUGGUGGUGAACGAAACUCAAGUAAGAAAAGAGAGUAAAAAAAACCAUUGAGAGAGAGAGAGAGUCGAGAUCAAAACACAAAGAUGAUGAUGAGUAUGAGUGUGAUGAUGAAGAUGAAGAUGAUGAGUAUGAUGAGUACAUGAUGAUGUUAGUUAUCUGUGCAAGAUGAGAGAAAUGUAAAUUUUGAUUGCUAAAUGUAAAUUGUACAACAACAUCUUAAAACCAUUUACCAUUUUUCAGUUUCUUUUUUUUUCUCUUCUCUUCUUAAUUUCCUUCCCUUUGCUCUUCUGCCUAAAAAAAGGCUGAAAAGUCAAGUGUAUUAAUAAUAUUGUUAAUAAUAAUACCCUUCCCCUUCCCCUCCUCCUCCUUCAUCACCAUAAUCAUCAUCAUCAUCAUCAUUAUCAAGUGUUACCAUCGAUUAUCAAGUGUAAUUAGUUUUAAUUGGCCAUGGGUGAUAAUCGCGGUGUCAAUGGGAAACCAAAGAUCAAAUUUAGCCAUCCAACAACCUUUCUUGCUGCUUGUGCUUGUAAUGAUCUUAAUGAAUGUGAACGACUUUUAUCACAGAAUAUGGUUAACAUUAAUUGUACCAAUGUGGAUGGUUUAACUGCUCUUCAUCAAGCCUGUAUUGAUGAUAAUAUAAAAAUGGUUCGUUUCUUAUUAGACCAUGGAGCUGAUAUUGAUUGUUGUGAUCAUGAGGGUUGGACACCAUUACAUGCAACAGCCUCUUGUGGUAAUGAAUCCAUUGCUAGUUUAUUAUUGGAAAAAGGUGCUGACCCAAGGAUAAUUAAUAACGAUGGUGAAUUAGCUUGUGACAUUACCGAUAGUCUUGUCAUUAAAGAGACGAUAGAGAAAAAAUUACUAGAAUUAGGUGUUACUGAUGCGGAUAGUUUAAGACACCAAGAACAUAUCUGUAUGUUAAGUGAUGUCAAUAAUUGGCUUAAAACUCAAGUUGUUGAUGAUAAACCUCAUCCUAAGUCAGGAGCAACAAUACUUCAUGUGGCCGCAGCUAAAGGUUACAUUGACGUUCUGGGUACUCUUCUUAACAAUCGUACCCUUCGUAGUCAAUUAGAUAUUGAUGCGAGAGAUCAUGAAGGUUGGACUCCACUGGCUGCUGCCUGUUACUGGCAAAAACCUGGUGCUGUACAAUUACUUAUUUUACAUGGAGCUGAUGUUAAUGCUAAAACAAGCUCAGGUCAACGAUUACAAGACCUAACGAUACACGAAUUGAUUCUUCAACUUCUUGAAGAGAAACGUCAUAAACUUGCCGAGGAGCAAAAACUCAGAGAGCAAAUGAAGUCUCAAAUGGUAUCCCAAUCCAAAGUUGUGCCUCCUUCACCGCCUUCUGCACCAACUCCUCCAACGGAAAGUGAAACUCAAAGGAAAGCUCAUGCCAAGCGAGUUCGAGAAACAAGACGAUCAACUCAAGGAGUUUCAGCGGAAGAUGUUAAGCAAGCCAAAGAGCAAUUUAUGAUAACCUCAUUAGUACCGGCAUCACCGGCUGUAAUAAAUUCGUCCAUUUCAACUCCAAAGACAACAACACCACCAUCUCCAACAUCACCAACAACUCCAACAUUAUUAUCGCCAACGAUAACAUCGUCCACUGAUAAUAUUAAUACUUUAUCAUCGACAACAAUCUCAUCAAUUGCACCAUCACCACUUAAUUCGUCCAGUUAUAAUAAUCCGGCCAAUAGUAAUGCCUCAAAUAACAACAACAAUAAUAACAAUAAUAAUCAUAAUACAAGGAAUGUCAACAAUAAUAAUAAUAAUAAUCCAUUAAUCAAACAACAAAGUGACCAGAUAAAAUUUCGACCAACCCGUUGUCGAUUACCUCCUGCACCCUUACCUCCAACAUCAACAACACCAACAUCACCUUCCCAAUCAUCAAAAUGCGAUUUUCUUCAAUCCCCUUUAGACCAAUUAGACAGUAGUAGUAGUAGUAGUAGUAAUGUUAGCAGUAGUAGUGACAGUAAAAAUUUUCGUCAACUCUAUGAAAGUCUAACCAUAGAGAUGGAAAAAUUGAAAAAAGAGAUUCGACUUAAGGAACACGAAUGGAAUAAAGAAAAACGUUCACUCCAACGGAAGCUCAGUGAGCUUGAAGAAGAAAUUAAACAAUUGGAAACCUUCAAGAGUGACAAUAAGAGGCUUAAAGACGAGAAUGGAGCUUUGAUUCGAGUAAUCAGCAAAUUGUCUAAGUGAAAAACGAAACAAAUUUUCCCUUCCCCUCAAACAAAUCAACAACAUCUCGAUCCAACAUCCAUCCACUCAUACACACAAACACCAUCACAUCAACACAACACACAUAUAAACCAUACACACAAUCACACAACAAUUUAAAUCUACAACUUCAUCCAUCCAGAAACAAAAAACCCGGUUGAUCACCAAGCAUUAAUGUGAACAAAAAAGAAACUCUUUAAAUCAGAUUUUUACUAAAACAAUUAAUUGUUGGACUGUUUCGGAUAGAAAGAGAGAGAAGGCCAAAAGAUUGUGUAAAGGUUGUAAAAAAAACUAAGUGAUUAUUUGUGACAACAAGAAAACAAAAAAAAACAAAGGAGGAAUAUGAUGACUCAGUCUUGAAUGACCAAUUCUAGUUAUUUUUAAUUAUAAUUAAUUAAUUAAAUGUGUGUUGUUUGUUCUGUUUGUGUGUUUGUGUAUGAAAAGAUAAGUGAACAAGACGAAGAAAGAUUUUUGCAUGAUACAUUAUUUGAGAGAGAGAGAGAGAAAAGUAAAGAUGCUGAGAAAUUAUGUUGAUUGUUGUUUAUCUGACCAAUUCAGAUUUUACAAUCAAUGGAACGAAAUCUUAUAUAUGUUAUACACAUGUUGAUGAUUAAAGUAGGAAACAUCUUCUCUUAUCCGUUACCAUACACUGUAUCCUUCAUCAUCAUUAUCGAAAGCAAUAAAAAAACCUAAAAUAGUUAGAAA